UAUAUGUAUAUGUAUACAUAUGUAUGAAGUGUUCCUUUGCUGUAGUUCCUUUUUAUUUCUCUUCUACUCGUUGUCAAAAUAAAUUCUAUACGAACGUGGAAAGUAAGCAAAUGCAACGAAGAAGCAUUAUAUUUUAGAAUUUAAUAUUAAAAUGAUUUGUACGGACUAUUACAACGCUAAUCAUAAUAUUGGGUUCGACAGGGAAGAAGGCAUUCAUGAUGAUAAUGAAGCUGAAGGAUACAGCAAUGACGACGAGAACACCAACUCGGAACUAUUUAUCCGCUUGACAGAUAUGGUUCGUAAGCAUUACUGUAAUUAUUUGGAGAAGCAACUGCUUGAAAAUGUACAGGCUUGGCACGCAAACAUAACUCAAAAGUGUGAUGCGGUCUCUAACUCUGAGCUUCCGAUUGAGAAGGCGGCCGUGGAGGAGUGCUGUCGUGUGCUGGAGGAUAGGGCAUUAAAGUCUUGUAUGCAUGCACGCCGCUACCAACGUACUAUGUUAAAGAUUAUAGCUGAAGUUCGCCGCAAUACACAAGAAAAUCGUUUAGAGGGAAAAUUAAAGAGUUUUAUUGAUGCGAAUGAAGGCAAUAGGCUUUUAUGCACUCAUAAGCAGAAAGCGACACAAACUGACGAAAGCAUGUUUUCCUUUGAUUAUGAUCCUCAAAGUUCAACAACAGAAGCCCCGAUCAAUAUUUCCAGUAGUCCUUGUAGUUUAUCGUUGGAACAAAAAAUAGAAAUGUUUCAAAACCGUCUCAAUCAAGAAACUGUAGCUAAAGUCGCAGCCACACAUAAGAUGUGCAGACCAAGGAUAUCGCGACGCACGCUACAUAAACUUUCAAAGAACCAUCACCCCACUCAGAGCAGCAAUAAUAAAAUGUCACAAGACAUAAGUUGCUGUGAGCAAAUUCAAAAGAGUUUGGGCGAAGACUCAAAAUUAGAAUCGACUAAAGACACUUCAAAAAUUAUACAUGUUGCAAGCUCGGCAAAGCUUAAGGAGGUGACUGAAGUAAAUACAUAUUCCUUAACAAGCAAUUGCACGCCGAUAUUGCAAUCUCAUGCUAAUAGCAUUGGACUAGAACAGGAUGAUGAAAUCGCUAAGGAAUUAGACCAACUAUUUAGCGAGGAAAAGUCAGAGUUAGAGGAAUUACUUGGUCUCAAUUCGAAUUCUGAAUUGGAUGAUCCAAACGUGCGCAGUGUAUUGGAAGAGAUUGAAAGUGCAACGUUAGUACAUGAUUUAAAACAAAAUUCUAUUAAACAUCAGCAAACUAUAAAUUAUUCCUCAGAUAAGGAAGUAUCGCCAAUUAACGUAGUUAAUUCGCCGCAGCAACAUGUGUCCUUAUCAUGUCAUACUGAACGACCAGUUUCAAAUAUGCGGCACAGUUUAUGGCCUUGUGAAUUGUAUAUGCAACGGCGUCGUUUAUCAGAGUCAUUGAGUCGAUUACUGGAAGAAGAUUUUCGCUGGCAUGAUCUCAUCAAAUGGAAGUUUCAAACAGUUUUUGGUGACGAUAGCGAUGACGAAUUUGCGACAUGCAGUCCAUCGAUUGAACUAAACGAAGUGCUCAUAUGCAGUUGCAUUCGUCGUAUCUCGCCAUGGAUGGUGAAACAUUUAAUGAAACCGAUGCGUGCUGGACUCAUAGCUAAUCGCUUUUUAUUUAAAAAAUUGGCAAAACGUUUGGCGCAUUCUAUAGUUUUAGAAAAUCAAUAUCCGGAUGAACGUUUUAUUAAACACGCAGUGGAGGAGUACUUUUGCCUGCAUCAGGCUGUCGUCAGUAUGGAGGACUUGGCCAGUAUGCCCAGUCUAACCACAAUCAAUGAUAAUUUAAAUUUUUAGAAAUUUUAAAUUAAUAAUAAAUCACACAACGCCCGGAAACCAGGUCGAUCACAGAUAAUUAAUCCUUAGAAUCCCUUUAUAUCUUGAGCUGCAAUAACAAUAACGUCAUGAAUUGUCCCUCACUAUAUUAUUUUCUGUUAACUGAAUACUGUUGAAUUUUUAUAUACAUAAAUAAAGGAAUUGCAUAAAUUCACAAAAUAUA